GUUAACAUGUUAAUGGAAGUUAAAGAGCACCCAGAGAAAAUGGAUAAUAUCGAAAUUACAGACGCGUUGCUCGCAGCGCAAGCAUUUGUGUUUUUCGUUGCUGGGUUUGAAACUUCGUCUACGACGAUGUCUCAUGCUCUAUACGAAUUAGCUCAAAAUCAGGAUAUGCAAAACAAACUGAGAGAAGAAAUCACGGAGAACUUUGCGAAGAACAAUGGAAUUUCGUCUUACGACCAAUUGAAAGAACUGAAGUACCUCGACAAGGUGUUCAAAGGUAGAUCCAUAA